AUGCGAGAAUGGCCACGUCUCCUAAGCCUCCUAUUACUAUACGGAAGUUUGAACUUCCUUGUGAAAUCCGAACAAAAUCCUCAAGGAAAACAUGAAGAACAAGUGGAAAAAAUGUCAGUGAAUCUUUCGAAUUUCAAUUUGAAUAAAUUUAGACGGUUUCACGAAUGCACAAUGGAAAAAUGUUUCGACUGGAGUAGAUGUCAGAAGAACAACAUGAAAGUGUAUGUGUAUCCGACAGAGCCAACGUCAAUCGUCUCUCCGGCAUACUCUAAGAUCCUCAGAGUGCUCCGAGAGAGCUAUUUUUAUACUGAGAACCCCGAAGAAGCUUGUCUUUUUGUCUUGAGUCUGGACACAACUGAUCGGGAUAGGUUAAGGUGAAUAUUUUGAUUUUUUGAUGUUCAUACACGACGUUUUACCGAAACUUUUGUUCUAAUUUUAGUGAGAACUUUGUAAAGGAUCUUCCAAGUCUGAUAAGCUCUCAAAAGUUGUGGAAUGAAGGGCGGAAUCACGUCAUUUUCAACUUGUACUAUGGUACUUACCCCGAUUAUUCACAAAAAGAUAUCGGAUUCGAUCCCGGCUAUGCUAUAAUGGCUUGGGCCUCCGCCAAUGAAGCAGUAAGUAUUUCCCCGCAUUUUUGUUGAUUUUUAGACCUUUCGGCAUGGGUUUGACAUCAGUUUUCCCUUGUUUCACACAACCCAUCCAUUGCGAGGAAGGCCAACUUUGAUUCGAACCAAGAAUCCAGCUGUUGAUGAUCAUUUGGUUAGCUUCAAGGGCAAGAGAUAUGUCUAUGGGAUAGGUUCAACUACGCGUGAUAGUCUUUAUCAUCUGCAUAAUGGAAAUUCGAGUGUGAUUGUAACAACUUGUAAGCAUAAUACUGAUUGGGAGAAGUUCAAGGACAGUCGAUGUGAGGUGGACAACAAGAAUUAUGAGCUGUAAGGGUUUUCUAUUGGGAUUUCUUGUGAUUUUAGGCAUUUCGAGACCUCGGAGAUGAAAUUUUAUGUUACACUUAACUUCAGAUAUGAUUAUCAACAACUUCUGCGAACUUCAUCCUUCUGCUUGACUCCCAGAGGACGUAGAUUGGGCUCUUAUCGAUUUCUUGAAGUCCUGGCAACAGGUUGUGUACCAGUUGUACUCUCAGAUGGCUGGGUAUUACCCUUUUCCGAAAUCAUCGAUUGGAAGCAAGCGGCUAUUCAUACCCAAGAAGAUCAAGUUUUCUUCGUAAGCAUCGAUUUUUGAGCUCAUUAUGGUUUGAAAUUUAGAUCACAGACGAUUUGGCGCAAAUCCCCACCUCUCAAAUGGUCGAAAUGAGUACUUUUGGGCAAUUGUUACAUCACAAAUUUUUUGGAAACAUCGAAAAAAUGGUCAUUUCUUGUCUGAAAGUGAGUAAAGGGUUCGUGUUUUUGAUUAUGAGUUUGAUUUUUAGAUAAUUUUCAACAGAAUUUACUCCCCGCCACCGUUUUCCUUCUUCGCAUCACCUAAAACAACAAAUUUUACGACCUUCACGGUGCUCAUACAGUGCCAUCGCAAGUACUCGAAUAGAUUGAAUAAGAUCAUUGAUAUCAUCAAGAACAUGGAGAAGGUUAGAAAGGUAAGAAAGUUUUAUAGGAACAUUAUUUUUUUGGUAAUUUUAGGUGAUCGUCUUAUGGCCCAAAAUUCGAGGAAAGUCCCCGGAGAACACGGCAUUUUCUCAUCUAAAUCGACCAGUCGAAUUUCGAGAAAUCACUGAUUUUGAUCAAAGGAACUAUCUAGAAGUCCCUUACAACGAAAUCACGGGAGAUUAUGUAGCUACAAUCGACGAAAGGAUCAGAUUUUCCGAGGAGGACCUAAAAAAGUUGAUGAAGAAUGUGGUAAAAAGGAAAAAUCGACUGGUCACUUAUCAUAGUGUUUUCGCAAGUGUAGGUUUUUGAAUUGAGAAUGUUGUGGAUGAUGUGCUGUUUCAGAAUUUACCCAAUAACACGGUCACUGUAACGGAGAAAAUGGUCAGCGGAAAUAAAAUUGGGCUAUUGCACCUAGCCGCAUUCCCAAGCUCAUUUCUCAAAGAAUUCGAGGUAUUCCCAACGAAAUUGAAGCAGAUCGGACAGAAUGGACAGUGUUUUACUGUGUUGUUCAAUAUCAUGACCAGUGAUCUCACUCUAACCCAGCCGGUGACCAUUGGAAAUUGGAGUCUACCAGCUUUUGUAAACCUCCAGCAUUACUCGACUUGCUUGAAUAAGGUGGGAAAUUGAAUGGAAGUAGAAGCUCUGAGCUUUCGAAUGAGAACAACAUCUUUGGGAUUGAACGGAUUUAUAUUACUUUAUGGUCUUUUUUUGCAGAUCAUCCGAAAUGGAGACUAUCACAAUAUGGAAAUACCGGUGCUAUAA